CAGAAAACUGGCAGACAUCUCUAGAUCCACCAGAGGCGUUAUAGUCCUCAUGAGCGAUCGUUCCAGCUCAGUAAGAAUCCUCGAGGAAGCCAAACGCCUCAACAUGAUGGAUGGCCAUUUUGUCUGGCUCUGGAUAGACACAGCAGCAAUCAUACGCAUCAAGAACGCCACGGAAGAAGAAAAAGACCCCAAGCCUGAGGACCGUCUCAAGCGCAGCCUGAUCAAACCUGAGGACACCAAUGACCUCCACCUGCAUUACUUGCUCAAGAACGACCAGUUCCUCAUGUUCAACCGCCCUGAUAGCCCCAAACCGAGCCAACCUUCGAGAGACCGUCCCUACAAGUCUCAGGGCGGGUCAAAUCUCUUCCCUGAGCUGCCUGCAGGGCUACUGAGCAUGCGCCCAUUGCCAGUUCGCGUUGACAGGCACUUGGUGAAGGGCGCAGUGCGGUUGUUGGUGGCUGCCCUGAGACACGUGUUGCUCAGGGCGCCUGAGUGGGUGCUCAGGGAUGUGGUCGAUGGGCGGUAUAAGGGUUGUUGGGUGAAUAAGGCGAGGGAGAACAGUUUCGUCAAUGAGUUUGCGAGAGAACUGAAAGUAGCAUGCACCAAUGCCUUAGCAGGCAAGAGAUUCACUCAAGAAAUCGGCGUUGACAAAGUGGACAAAUCAUUAGUAGCGAACUUCGAGAUUCUCAACUUAGUUCCAGAUCCCUACAUUUACAAUAAUAAAACUGAAACGGAAAUGCCAGUCCACUCCUCGACUAGCGUCAAAUGGAAGAGAGUUGGCAUGGUCUCGGGCAGAUCGGUACGAUUGGACACUAUAAUAUGGCCUGGAGGUGAUUUGUCCGUAGCCGCAGUUUCUUCCCGAGCCAGAACAGUCUUCAGAGUGGUAACAGCUCUAGCCCCACCCUUCGUCAUGGAAAGUGAAUUAGACGAAGAUGGGCAAUGUCUGAGAGGUCUCCCGUGUCAUCGAGUCCUCACAUCAGACAAAGACAAUCUGACGCUCGUAUUCAACGAGAUGCAACGCAUAGAGGAAGAAGAAGAAGAAGAGGAUGAGGUGAAAGAAGAUAAUGCCCAGAAGCACCCGCAAUACUUGGGUGACUACCAAAACGAAGAGGAAGAGGAGGAUCGGUUUUUUCCGUUCCAGAAAUUCAAGUAUCGCACAAAUUGUUGCUACGGUCUCUCGAUGGACUUGCUGGAGAACGUCGCUCAAGAAUUAGAAUUUGAUUUCAGGUUGUACAUAGUGGCUGACGGACUUUUUGGCUCGAAAAUCAGGAGGACCAAAAAAAGGAGGAGCGAGAGAGAUGUUGGGAAAAAAUAUCUGAGCUACAGAUUCAAGGACGACCGUUUGAAGACAGACAGGGUAUCCAACGAGUACGAUCCUGGUGACGCAGAUGCCAAGUGGAACGGCAUAAUGGGUGACCUGGUAUCUGGAACAGCCCACAUGUCAUUCGCUGCCUUGAGCGUUUCCAGUGCACGUAGCGAGGUCAUAGACUUCAGCGUUCCGUACUUCUUCAGCGGAGUGUCUUUCCUAGCUGCCCCACAACAAAGGUCAGAGAUACCCCUCAUGGCCUUCUUGCUGCCUUUCUCCACCGAAUUGUGGAUCGCAAUUUUCACUAGUUUGAACAUAACGGCCAUUGCAGUUGCCAUCUACGAGUGGUUGAGUCCGUUCGGGCUCAAUCCUUGGGGACGUCAACGUUCGAAGAAUUUCAGCAUGAGUUCGGCCCUGUGGGUCAUGUGGGGCCUUCUGUGUGGCCAUCUGGUCGCUUUCAAGGCGCCAAAAAGUUGGCCCAAUAAGUUCCUCAUCAACGUGUGGGGAGGUUUUUCGGUGAUUUUCGUGGCCAGCUAUACUGCCAACAUUGCCGCUUUGAUAGCUGGACUCUUUUUCCACAAUACCGUCAGCAAUUACCACGACAGAAGUCUGUUGAGUCAAAAAGUAGGAGCCCCUCGUUCUUCGGCUGCCGAAUACUACGUCCAGAAGGCGAACCAAGUGCUCUGGCAGCACAUCAGGAAAUACUCGCUUGGCAACAUCGAUGAAGGGGUGGAAAAGCUGAGAAACGGCUCGUUGGACAUCCUGAUAGCCGACACGCCAAUUUUGGACUAUUAUCGAGCUACUGAUCACGGCUGCAAGCUGCAGAAGAUUGGAGAUGAUGCCAUCAACGAGGAUACUUAUGCUAUCGGUAUGGCCAAAGGAUUUCCUCUCAAGGAUAGCAUCUCGGCAGUGAUAGCGAAAUACUCUAGCAACGGCUACAUGGACAUCUUGCAGGAAAAAUGGUACGGCGGCCUUCCCUGCUUCAAACUGGCCACAGAUAUCGCUCAACCUCGGCCGCUAGGUGUCGCUGCUGUCACCGGCGUCUUCAUCCUGCUAGGCGUCGGAAUAGCCCUAGGGCUGCUCAUCCUCCUGGUCGAGCAUUUGUUCUUCAGGUACACUCUGCCGAUGCUCAGAGACAAACCUAAGGGUAGCGUUUGGCGUAGCAGGAAUAUCAUGUUCUUUAGCCAGAAGCUCUAUCGCUUCAUCAACUGUGUGGAGCUGGUGUCACCCCAUCAUGCUGCCAGAGAGUUGGUCCACACUAUAAGACAGGGGCAAAUAACCAGCCUCUUCCAGAAAAGUAUAAAGAGGAAGGAACAUGAACAGCGCAGACGCAGGAAAAGCAAAGCGCAGUUUUUCGAGAUGAUCCAGGAAAUCAGGAGGCAGCAGCAAGAAGAAAGAGAGCCACCCUUGGAAUCAGUCACUGAAGUAGAUUCAGAAUACCAGCUGUCCCCAGAUGGCAAGAAAUCAAAACUAAGUCCCAGCAUCAUCCGCAGAACAUUCCUAAGAUCCAGUCCCAAAGCAGAGAAGAUCAAAUCACCGACUAGCUACUUCAACAAACAGCUUUUCAGCCCCAGAUCAAAAAACAAAGCUAAAAGCUCGGCCACUUUGAACGUCAGAAGAUUCAGCACCGAUAGCAUUCUCAGUUCUCAAACUUUAAAACAAGAUACCAGUGCCGUGAUAGGCAGGAGAUUGAGCAAAGACGCUUCUGCUUUUUUAUCCAGCUCACCACCUGACAUAAACAGUAGACGCUCUAGCUACCUAGACAUCAUAAGUUCAGGAAGUAAACUAGGAGGCAAGAGUCCCAUACUAUCUAUAGAAAACCUCUCUGACUGCAGCAAGUAUUCAGAACCCAUGAGGAAACUAUCGGACUCUGAAAGUAUCGGUAAAAAGCUAGCAACGUUGCCUAGAUAUCAGGAAUCCAUAGACAAGCAUCGUUUGCAGCCGCAGUACAGUCUCACCUUAGGCAAGAGCGAUGAAACCCUGAGCAAGUCUGAUAAGCUUCAAUCGGAACCAGUCACCACCGCUAGAAGCUACAACAACGUUUCCAACAACCUCUCCGACGACGAGAUAGCAAAGAGGAACAAACAAACCAUCCAGCAGCUGCACAGUGCGAUAUCCAGACCCCCGAAAUCUCAGAACCGUAGUGACAAUAACACACGAUCGAACCCAAAUCCCCAAAUUAGAAUACAAGUGGAGGACACUACUCAAUCUGAAGCGAAGAAGCACCCACCACUCUCCAAAACCGGUAAAACGAGGCAUCAAAGUCUUGGCGAUGAAACUGCCGAGGUGAAUACCAGAAGAUCCCGAUUGCCUGAGCAGUCGAAGUCUUUGGAUACUCCAGCACCUAGAGAGAGGUCAAGAUCAAGGUCUAAACUGCCUCCAGCACCACCACCUCCUAAUUGUUCUCCCAGAAACUCCAGCGGAAGGUCUCCCUUGGAGAGGUUGUCCAAAGAAGAGCUGGUGCUGCUCUGGAGAAGUUCUGAGUCGGAGCUAAGGAGUCACUUGCUGAAGGCUUUGAGGGAUAAAGAGGAACCAGAUCCUCCUUGAAAUUGUGAAGGGAGGCCUAGAAUUGGGAGUUCUAAAAUGCCACCUGAGAUGUUUUUGGAGAGUCGUUGAUUCAAUGAGCAUGAAUACAUUUCGAGGAAAAAAUUGGUGCCUAUGGAUUGAAUGAACGGCCUUAGACUUGUAGGGUGAUAAAAUUCGACCACUAAGUGUUAUUAGAAGCCUUUAUCUUUGGGGGUUGUUCGGACCUCAUCGCCUUUUCGACUAGGACUGGUUCUUUAGACAAUUCUAUACUACUUUGAUCACUUCAUUGGGUUUCAUACUGCUUACAAUUUGAAUUAUUAGAGUACGUAGUAGGUAUAUUCGAUUUCGCAGCAAAGUUGCAAUUUUGAGCUGACACGACGAAGACCCAAAUUGACACUUGAAGUCUACUGAAAAUUGCAACUUGGCUGUCAAAAUACUCAGGGUUCCUUGAUGCAAGCUGACGUAUUCGUCAUCUAACAAGGUGCGGACAGAUCAUAGCUCCUUUCUCUUUUAAUCAUCUAGUGACUUUGGUUUCGUGUAUUGGCGUCCCUGACAUGACAUUGCUGUCGCGUCAAAUUCAUAGGCGUUAAAAGAGAUCUUACAAAAUUUUAAUUCCAUACUUUAUCUUAAUACGACGUUAUCCAAUUUUAUUUUGAAAGGAUGGUAAAAUGUGCUGCGUUAGGCUGUAUCAAUCAGUU